AUGAUGCUUGUCUUAGUCAUGGAGAACUCGUCACAUAUAACAUCUUUUGUUUUCACUGUGUUUCAAGAGAUGGGACCAAUCAGGUAUUUCUAUUUUUGUGUGAUUUUAAUGAUGUACAUUUCAAUUAUAUUUGCAAAUUCACUGCUCGUAGGGCUGAUCUGUGCCGAGAGGAGUUUGCAUGAGCCCAUGUAUUUGUUUGUGUGCAGUUUAUGUGUGAAUGAGUUGUAUGGAAGUACUGCCUUGUACCCGGCACUCUUAGUGAACAUGCUCACAGACGUACAUGAAAUAUCCAAAGAUAAGUGCAUUUUGCAGAUUUUCUGCAUUAUCUCAUAUGGUACGAUAGAGCUGUGUAACCUGGCUGUCAUGGCAUACGACCGCUACGUGUCUAUCUACCAUCCUUUAAAGUACAGGCUCAUCAUGACUCCAGCCAAAGUGUCUGUGUUCAUUUCUAUUGUGUGGAUUUACUCCGUCAUAAAAGUGUCCAUCACUGUAAGCAUGACUGCCAGGCUGCCUUUGUGCAGUAAUACCGUGAAUAAAGUGUACUGUGACAAUUAUUCCUUAGUGAAGCUUUCUUGCAUUAGCACAACUGCUGUUAACGUGUAUGGCCUGGCUGGCUUGUUUCUGACCGUUUUCGGUUUAUCAUUUCUCAUCGUUUACUCGUACGGCAAAAUACUGAGAGUGUGUUUAACAUCCGAGGAAAGUCGGAAGAAAGCCUUGAAAACCUGCGCUCCCCAUUUGGCUUCUCUGAUGAACUUUUCUCUCGCCAGCGCAUUCGAGCUUGUUCAGAGCAGAUUCGAUUUGUCGCAUGUUCCCGCUGCGCUUCGAGUAUUUGUAUCCGUCUACUUCCUCAUGAUUUCUCCCCUCUUAACUCCUCUCAUUUACGGGUUAAGAAACACGAAGAUAAGAACGGUGUUUAAAAAGAAUUAUUCCGCAAAGUUAUUUCCAAAAUGA